AUGAGUUUAGUCAAAUCCGAUUUCCCGCUCAAAUACGGAAUAGACAAAUUGUUGGUGUAGAAGUUGUAAAUCCCUCAAGUUUUUGUAUAAAAUAUAAAAAAGGGUUUUAUUGUAUAUAUGCGUUAUAGAAUUAUAGUAUAAUUUUCAUAUUAUAUACAAUAUAUUCAUCGACUCUAUUUUAAUUUAUUGGAAAUUUGAUCAUGUCGCAAAGUCCUGAAAUGAAUUCCCCCUCAGAAAAUCCCCAAUCAGUACGUUCAAAUAUGUCUUCACCAGCUCAGGAUUUGCCUCCAUUUGAAGAUGAGGCUGAGUUAUUUGGGAAUAUGGACCAGGAUAUGUUGGAUGAGGACGAUGGGGAAGAUCUCUUUGGGGAUAAUAUGGAAAAUGAUUAUCGUCCUUUGCCACAUCUGGAUCAUUAUGAUAGGCGUAUUUUGGAUGAAGACGAUUAUGAAAAUAUGUCCAUAUCUGAUCGUCUAGCUGCUGAGGAGGAACUUCGCAGAAGGGACCGAGAAAUGGGAAUUCUUCGUAGAGACGACAGAGAAUUAUUCUAUGAUGAGAGCGAUGAAGAUGAGGAUCCUCGUAGAAAAAGAAGAAUGGCAGAGAAAGCUGUAGAUGAUAAUGAUACAGAAAUGAUUGAGUCUAUUGAAAAUCUUGAGGAUACCAAAGGAUAUAGCAUCAAAGAGUGGGUUGUUAUGGUCGGUCCACGAACUGAAAUUGCAAAUAGAUUUAAAAAUUUCCUUAGAACCUUUGUUAAUUCUAAAGGGCAGUAUGUAUUCAAAGAGAAAAUAAGAAGAAUGUGUGAAAACAAUCAGUGUAGUUUCACUAUAGAAUUCUCCCAUUUGGCACAUAAAGAGCAUGUUCUCGCGUAUUUCCUCCCAGAGGCACCUUUCCAGAUGCUGGAAAUAUUUGAUGAAGUAGCUAAAGAAAUAGUUCUUUCUAUGUAUCCGAGUUAUGAUCGUGUAACUAAAGAAAUUCAUGUGAGGAUCUCUGAUUUGCCCUUAAUUGAGGAAAUAAGAACUUUCAGGAAACUUCAUAUCAAUCAACUCGUGAGAACAAUUGGUGUAGUGACAGCCACAACAGGAGUAUUACCGCAACUCUCAGUAGUACAGUUUGAUUGUAACAAAUGUGGUUUUGUACUAGGUCCUUUCGUCCAAUCUCAGCAGAGUGAGGUUACCCCAGGGGCUUGUCCAGAAUGUCACAGUACAGGGCCGUUUACUGUAAACAUGGAGCAAACUGUGUACAGAAACUACCAAAAAAUUACUUUACAAGAGUCACCUGGUAGGAUACCAGCUGGAAGAGUUCCUCGAUCUAAAGAUUGUAUUCUAUUAGCCGAUUUAUGUGAUAGAUGUAAACCCGGUGAUGAAGUCGAUAUUACUGGAAUAUAUACAAAUAGUUUCGAUAAUUCGUUGAACACAGACAACGGAUUUCCAGUAUUUUCUACCGUCGUUUUUGCUAAUCAUUUGGUUGUUAAAGACUGCAAGCAAAUCGUUCAGUCUUUGACUGAUGACGAUGUCAAUGCCAUUAUCAAAAUGAGUAAAGAUCACAGAAUUGCUGAUAGAAUUGUUGCGUCCAUAGCGCCCUCUAUCUUCGGACACGAUUAUAUCAAGAGGGCGCUUGCGCUUUCCUUAUUUGGUGGGGAGAGAAAAAAUCCAGGAGAAAAACACAAGCUUAGGGGGGAUAUAAAUGUUCUCAUAUGUGGCGAUCCUGGUACUGCUAAAUCGCAGUUUUUAAAAUUUGCUGAGAAGAUUGCACCGAGGGCUGUAUUCACCACAGGACAAGGUGCCAGCGCGGUUGGUUUGACAGCUUAUGUCCGUAAAAAUCUGGCCAGCAAAGAAUGGACUCUGGAAGCUGGAGCUUUAGUUCUUGCCGAUCAAGGAAUAUGCUUGAUAGAUGAAUUUGAUAAGAUGAAUGAUCAGGAUCGGACAUCUAUUCAUGAAGCCAUGGAACAGCAAUCUAUUUCCAUAAGUAAGGCCGGUAUAGUCACGAGUUUACAGGCAAGGUGUUCAGUUAUAGCAGCGGCCAAUCCUACAGGAGGUCGAUAUGAUCCUAGUAUGACAUUUUCUGAAAACGUUAACUUGUCCGAUCCCAUCCUUUCCCGAUUUGAUAUUUUAUGUGUCGUUAGGGAUGAAGUCGAUCCUAUUCAAGAUCAACAUCUUGCAAGAUUUGUAGUUAACUCUCACAUCAAGCAUCACCCAUCGAAAAAAGGUGAAGUUAUCGACAUCCCACAAGAGGAAGAUGACCUGACCAUUCCACAAGAAAUGUUGAAAAAAUACAUAGUAUAUUCCAAAGAGAACGUUCAUCCGAAAUUACAGAAAAUCGAUACUGAAAAAUUGGCCACUAUUUACACUCAGUUGAGGCAAGAAUCUAUGGCAACAGGUAGUUUGCCCAUCACUGCCCGUCACAUUGAAAGUAUGAUUCGUAUGUCUGAAGCACAUGCCAGAAUGCAUCUCAGAGACUAUGUCCAAGAAGAUGAUCUCAAUAUGGCUGUGAGAAUGAUGUUAGAGAGCUUUAUUGAAACUCAGAAAUAUAGUGUCAUGAAAUCCAUGAAACAAGUAUUCCAAAGAUUCCUCAUGUUCAAGAAAGAUCAUAGUGAAUUGCUUUUCUACAUUUUGAGGCAAUUAGCGCAUGAUCAGUUGACUUUCAUCGAGGCAACUAAUGAAUCAGAAGCUCUGGUUAUAGAGAUAAAUGAAAGAGAUCUCAUGGACAAAGCUAAACAAAUUGGUAUCCAUGACCUGAAACCAUUUUACAAGAGUACCAUAUUCGAAAACAAUCACUUUGUGUAUGACGCUUCUAGAAAAGUCAUUAUUCAUACAAUACCAGAGACAACAACAGUUGAAGAAUAGAAAUAUGGUUAAGACACUUCUGUACAGUUUUUUUUUCAUACAGAAUAUUUUGCAAAAUGUUUGUGCACUUAGUGUUCCAGUGACUAGUAUAUAUUAAGAUCUGUUUUCGAAGUUAGGUUAGGUUUUAUAUGAAACUACUAUUUAUUUGUAGUUUUUAUAAAUUGUUUUGUUCUUUUUAUACACAAUAAAAAAAUUAUUUCGUA